AAGGUGAGUAGACGUUCCGAUUUAUUUAACCUAACCUUCAAUGUAUGUAUCCAAUUAAAUAACUCACUAUAGAAUCUUAUCUUCGAAUCUUAAAAUAUAAUUUCUCUAUCUCAGGUUAGGUAAGGCAAGGUGGACUUCAGGAGACACUAAAAUGCACUAUAAAACAUAUAUUAUGUUGGUGGGAAGGGGGAAAUGAGGUAUGCUGGUGAAUAGUAAACCUCGCUAAUCUAAUUUGUUCAGUGUGGUUGAAUCUCGAGCCGGUGUGGGAAAAUAUUCCUUUCCGACCUCAGAUGCCCAAAUAGGUCCCUCAUUAAAAUACGUUGGGUGCAAUUUCACACAUACCAUGUGUGAUUUCCAGUCUAGUCAUUCAUGGUAAGACGCCAACUUGUAAGAAUCCUAGAAAAGAUUUAGGCGAAGGAAAAUAGCUAAGCUACAUAGCUCAGAGAUAUUUGUUUCAUUCAUGCAUAUUGCUUUUGAGAAGUUACCAUUGAUGAAGGUGAGUAGUUUCCCAUCAAGGUAGCCUACCUGUAUCUCAGUUUAAGGGUGUAGGUCUAAUGAGUUAUACAUACAUGAAUAGGUGUUUAAAUGUAAGUUGUUAUGCAUGAUUCGCAAAUUAAUGUUCUUAAUUUAAUUCGCAACGAAAACAAAUGUGUAACUAGAUUUUGCUGGGUUUUGGGGAGGGGGGACUUUCAAUGUUAUAUAACAUUCAUAAUAUUAAUUUAAUUUAGUAAAACAAAGUCAAUCACAUUAUCUAGGCUACAGUACUCGCCUCCACGUUUCGCUUUAGGUUUCUAUUUCUCCGGUGGGCGUCAGCAUCACUAGAAAAGGGAAGGCAAGGACUCUGGGCUUAGGAGUCAAGAUGAUACCCUAUGUGGCGUUGUGCAAAUAUUUUCCUGUCGCUAUAGUUGUGGUCAUAGUUUUCAGUGUCAAUGGAUACAUUGAAGAUCCUCUUUUUGACUGCCUGCAAGAUUCAGACUAUGCCGAACUCCAUGAAAUUGUGAACAGAGGUCUUCCCUUCACAAAGACACCUCAUCGUAUUGCCAUCGUCGGUGGUGGUAUUGCUGGACUGACUGCAGCAAAGUUUCUGGAGGACGCAGGGCACAAGGUGACUUUAAUAGAGGCAAGUGGUCGAAUUGGAGGACGGGUGGAGACCUACAGAAAUAGAAGAGAGGGAUGGUAUGCAGAACUGGGUGCUAUGAGGAUCCCUAGCUUUCACAAAAUUCUUUUAUCAUUUGCAUUAAAAAUGGGCCUUGGACUGAAUCCAUUUAUCCAGGAUGACAUCAACACAUAUUACUAUGUGAACGGGUUGCUACAGAAAACAUAUACGGUUAAAGAGAACCCAGACGUGCUGAACUAUCCCUUGACUGACAAGGAAAGGGGAAAAUCGGCUGGUCAGCUCUUCGACUUGGCCCUGUGGAAGAUAAGGGAUGAUAUCAAGACAGCUGGCUGCGAGGCCAUGUUGAGAAAAUAUGACUCGUACUCAGUCAAGGAGUAUCUAGUGAAGGAGGGGAACCUGAGUCGUGGUGCCAUGCGCAUGAUUGGAGAUAUCCUGAAUGAGAACAGCCUCUUCUAUGCAUCACUUACUGAGAUGCUGUAUAUUCAGUCAGAUAUUAACGACAACACUGUCUAUUACGAGAUCACUGAUGGGUUUGACCAUUUACCAAGGGCAUUUUACCAGGCCCUCAACAGUACCAUUCUUCUCAACUCCAAGGUCCGACUCAUCAGUCAAACCAGCAGCAACGUAACCGUAUCCUACCAAGACUGGCGCAAUCCAUCCUCCCUGACCAACCUUACAGUAGACUAUGCCCUGGUGACAGCUACAGCGAAGGCUACCCUCUUCAUGGAUUUCCAACCCCCGCUGUCACCCCAGAAGAUGGAGGCCCUGCGGUCCGUGCACUACGCCAGCUCCACCAAGGUGGUCCUCAGCUUCAGUGAGAGAUUCUGGGAAAAGGAGGGCAUCAAAGGGGGGAAGAGCAUCACAGAUCUCCCCUCUCGUUUCAUCUACUACCCUAGCCACAGCUUCCCAGGCACGGCUGGGGGGGCUCUCCUGGCAUCCUACACCUGCUCUGAUGACUCCACUCUGUUCCAGGGGGUCAGCGAGGAUGAACUGAAGGCCUUGGUGCUGGAUGACCUGGUAAAGAUCCAUGGGGAGGCUAUACGACCUCUCUGCACUGGAGGGUUGGUGAAGAAGUGGGGGCUGGAUCCCUUCAGCCUGGGGGCUUUUGCCAUUUACACACCUUACCAGCAGACGGACUACGCCACGGACCUGUUCAGGAAUGAGAGCAGGGUCCACUUUGCUGGGGAGCAUACGGCCCUACCUCACGCUUGGAUCGAGACUGCCAUGAAAUCUGCACUAAGGGCAGCCAGGAACAUAAGUAACCUGGCAUGAUAGACAUCUGGGGCCUGGGGUCAUCGAUUGUAUUUUGAAUAGCUUGAGAAGCCAUGAUUAAAGGUUGAAUGUUGACAAACGAAAUGACGAAAUUCAAUGGCCAAACCAAAAACAAUACAAUUUUGUAACGUUUUUUAGUACUGUCUGAUGAUGCAUUCGCUAGUAUACAUGUGUUCUGCUUUACUCAAUAUGAAUGGCACAACAUGAUGAGAUGAGUGUGGAUGAAAUGAAACAGAACUGAACAUGUUUACUGGCCUAUUUACAAGUACUCUUCAGGGCACAUUGUUCAUACCUUUUCCCCUUUCUAAACUUUAUUAUUUUUGUGUGUACUGUUUUAAAAUGGCAAUUUUGUUACACAUACUAAAGUAUUGUAGGAAAGAAAACUAUGUCAAAUGAUGAUGUCACACAUACGUUACAUAGAUGUAAUGAGCAGCAUGGUGUAGGUGUAGUUCUUGGGCCUACUUUUUAAAAAUGUUAUUUUAAUAAAGCCGUAUUGCAACCAAAAACUUUCUGAUUCUAUAAUUGUACUGU